AAAAAAAAAAAAAAAAUAAACAAGCCAAAAAUAAAAAUAAAAAAAAAAAAAGGGAGGAAAAGGCAAAACAGCAAGGGGCAGCCAUAGACUGACUGGGUAUGGGUUGUAUGAAAUAAGGUACUGAAAUAGCUGGGAGUGGCCGCAUUUCCCAACGAUAACGCAUCUCCCCCAGACAACAACACUUAUCUCCUCCCCUCCCCUCUGCCCCUCAUCUCCACUGCCAUCCCGUCCUCACCUCACCUCACCUUUACCCUUUUACCGCCUUGUCUUAUUUCAGACCUUCAGACCUACCAGUACCACAAAAGAGUUUCGUCCACAGCACCAACGUAUAUCCCGGUGAACUUGCUGCUUCAUUCGCUUUUGAAGGCGCUUAACACUUCCUCGAGCGCCCAUCAUGUCAAGUAAUACGACGAGCAACCCGCCCCCAGACCUCAUCAUCUCCCCUCCCCUCCUUAACUCAUCCAACCCCUGGGCCACAACCCUCGAGGAUCUCACGAAACUCUACUCCUGUCCGCACACCGGCGCCGUAACCACCCGCACGAGCCUCCUAAACGGCUUCCCCCAUGACGACGCGAAGCACCAAUACGCCUUCUUCUCUCCCAUCACCUCCCUCCCCAGCCAUGAAAACCGACCGGGCCUCUCCUCCCUGAACAGUCUUGGCUACUCCCCAUUACCCUUGGCGACCUACCUCUCCUUCAUCCAAUCCAUCCACGACGCCCUGCCCGCACCGCCACUGAGUUCUUCGACCCCCGCCGACUCCGAACCCGAACCCGAACCAUCAACGUCCGACCCGGACCAUGCAGCACCAGCAAGGGGGGGGAAACCCGUCAUCGUCUCCGUGACAGGAUCCCCAGCCCAAGUAGCAGAAUGCUACGCCCUCCUCGCCGCCCACCAACCCCGCGUCCCCCGCAUCCCGCUCGCAAUGGAACUCAACCUCUCCUGCCCCAACAUCCCCUCCGCCCCUCCCCCAGCCUACGACCCGACCUCCCUCGCAGCCUACCUCUCCCGCCUCCCCGAGGACCCCAUCCUCCCCAUCGGCCUCAAAACCCCCCCCUACACACACGCCCCGCAGUUCGAGGCCCUCAUCUCCGCCCUCCGCGCCGAUGCCCAUGUCCAUGCCGAUAAUAGCACCGGUCAGUCCGGACCCGGCAGGAGGACUAGGAUCAGCUUCCUCACCGCCACGAACACGCUCGGCUCAUGUCUCGUCUUCCACGCUGCCGAUUCCGCACAGCCACAGCCACAGCCACAGCCACCACCGGAGAAGGUGGACGGGGCGGGGAAGGAGGCCCUCCCUGCGUGCUGCGACGGCAUCGGCGGUAUGGCAGGUCCUUCUCUCCAUCCCUUGGCUCUUGGGAACGUGAGGGUGCUGAGCAAGAUGUUGGCUUCGUCCCCCGAGCUGCGGCAUGUCAAGAUUAUCGGUAUUGGCGGGGUGGCGGACGCGGACGGGUAUAGGAGGAUGAGGCGGGUCGGGGCGUUUGCGGUCGGUGUUGGGACUGCGCUUGGGUUGGAGGGGCUGGAUGUGUUUGGCAAGAUCUUGGAUGGUCUAGAGGAAAGGGGAGAUGUGAUGGUGUAAGUGUGGGCCAGAGAGUAGAUUCUGCGGUAGGAAACUAAGCCGACUAUAUGAACUAUAAAAUGCUCUCUCUCUCUUUCGUUCUUUUUUUCUUUCUUUUUCUUUUUCCCUCUACUUAAUGGUACUUCUAGCAUCAUCCAUCCUCCCCGGCAACUGACAAACUACGGAAUCUAUUUCCCCGGCCCGUCACGUAAUGCAGCUCCUCGUCCGUGUCCUCACCCCCCUCAUCCCCUGGAGUCCGCCCUGGCAGGAGGUCCUCAAUGGCCCAUGCGAUACGUUCCGCCCCUACCCUCGCCCCCCCAAGGUUCCCCGCCGCCGGCCCGAGCUGCAACCCAGCGAAGCGGCCCGUCACGAAGAAGGGCAAGUCCUUAUCCCACAUCAGGUCCUCGGUAAUGCAAGGGAGACCUCCGUGGCCGUCGAUGGGAUGGCGGGCCAGC